AUAGCAUCUUAUCGAAGAUUGAUAUUUAAAGCAGGUGUUUUCUGAGGAGAUUUGGUCGAUUUAAGCGCCAUUGCAGAUAAAGAAGAUGAUGCAGGCCCAAGUGGUGUCUGCUGUCGUGUAUCAAAUAGCUAAAACUAUAAAUUGUGGACAGAAGUAUAUAUUCGACCUCGGAUACGUAACCAAUGAAAGUCUGUGUGUUUCUGUUGUAAAUACAAAAGACAAAUCUACUUCUAGUAAUUUCGACAAUGGUGCUUUUCGAUUUUUUUCUACUUCUUCGACCUAUUUAUGUUAUGUAAGGUCAGACGAAUCUGAGUAUAUCAUAUUUUCGGAAAACGGAUGUUUGAUAUGUUGGAUAACACUUCCUAAUUCAAAAAACACUAUUGACAGAUGGUAUUUAUCAGAGGAUGAACUAUGGAAAGGCUACACCCCGAAUGGAAUUGCAGCCUGCAAAUCCGGAGGAAUUUUGGUUUGUCUGUGGAAUAAACAAGUACUCGAGCGCUCUCAAGGUAAAGUUGUCAAGCUGUCUCUGGAUCAAUAUAAACUUCUGGAAAUAGAAAUAAACAAAAACCGUCCACUCUUUACAUGUCCGACCUACAUAGCAGAAAACGGCAAUGAAGACAUCUGCGUCUCUGAUGUGAAUGCCGUGGUCGUUACGGACGCCGCAGGUUUACUGAGAUUUAGAUACAAAGGUCUGUCAGAUGAUUCUCAGUUUGAUCCAUACGGUAUCUGUUGCGAUUCACAGAAGAACAUAAUUGUUGCAGACGUGAUGAAAAACAGAAUUCAUAUGAUUGACGAAAAUGGUGGAUUUCUUCACUACAUUCAGUACAAAGAUAUGAACAAGCCACGAGCCCUCUGUAUAGACGAGAAUGACAAAUUGUAUGUUGGAGAAUGGUCUUCUGAAGAAAUCAAAGUACUUUCACGUCAAUGAUUUGACCACCAAAAAUUGACAAGACUGGUGGGCGGUAUCAAUAUAUGACAGUUUCUCGUAG